AUGUUUGAAAGAAUAAUAAUGGUAUCGGGAAAGAAACGACGUGCGAAAUUGGAAAUUUUAUUACAGGACGAAAAUGGAAUUUUAGUAAAAGAAAAGGAAAUUCCCCCAAUCGUUUCACAAGCAAAGAGUCGAAAAAUACUCGAAAUUGAAGAAGAAAACGAAUCUUCAGAAAGUUCCUCAGAGGAAGAAAGAACGACGGAGCAAGAUUCGGAAGACGAAUGCGAAGACACAAAAGAGCCAAACACAAGAGAGACGGAAGAAGUAAAUGAUCAAGGAGAAGCGUCAGAUGAAGUCGAAUCGGAAUCCGACGAGGACUCGCAGCCAGAGAUCAUCACCUUCGUAGACCCAAUGCAAGCGGCCAAGGAAAAACGCGAAAAGGCCAGACGUGAACGAGAAGCUAAGUCAAUAGAUAAGAGACGGAACAAAAGAAAGGUUGUGGAGAUGGAGCAAAUCACGAAGAAAGAAAUGCGUCAGCAAAUCGAAGAUGUGAAAUUUAAAGUGCAACAGUACGGUCUCCAAGGCUAUACGCCCGAGGAAAGAAGAAAACGUGAACGCGCAAGAUUAAUUAAACUCGGGGCGAAAGCGCCGAAAGCAGAAUGGAAAAACUACAAAGUGAUGAUGGAAGAGAAAAAGCAAGCAGCUAUCGAUGCAGCAGAAAAGAAGGCCUCAGAAGAUCCGUCGAUGGCGUUUAUGACCGCUCCCUCGUUGACGAAGCCGAAGAAGAUCAAGAACACUUUCUGGUCUGACAGGACGAAGAACUCAAAUCGACAGUCCAUCGGCUCUUGGAAAGGAGGCCAGCUUUCAAUCUCCAAAACGAAAGUCAAAAAAUUCUCCUGA